GCUCCCUUCCUAACCUCUCCCCUCCCCUCUUCCAGAGUUUCUCCGCAUCAUCUUCCGACGUACCAGUGCCAGGACGGGCUCAAGGGCAGUCGUAGACUCUAUAGACUCUAGACUCUAGACCACUUGGCCCCGUCCCCGGUCGACCGUUACAAUGCAGCGCCUGUGGUGUCUCAUCUUGGGGACCUCCCUUUGGACAGCUCUCUCGCUUGAUGUGACGCCUGUGCAGAAAGUCAUCCAGAUGAUUGUAGACAUGAAGGAGAAAGGUCAGAAGGCCUUGGAGGAGGAGGAGGUGCAAUAUGCCAAAUUCAAGGAGUUCUGUGAUGCAACACUCACGGAAAAGGGGAAGUCCAUCACUGAAGCAGCAGACAAGAUCGAGCUUCUGACCGCGGAUAUGGAAGCGGCCGGUAGCGAUGCCACACGCCUGGAGACGGAGCUGGCGCAGCAUCAGGUCGACCUGGAAACGCAGUCGGGCGAGCUGGCCAACGCCACCGGCAUUCGGGAGAAAGCGCGUGCCAACUUCCUGGCGACUCUCAAGGACUACACGGAGUCCAUCAACGCCAUUGGAAGCGCGUUGAAGGUCCUCAAGGAGACCGCUGCAGGGCCCUCGUUGGUGCAGCUCAAUGAGGUGAAGAAGAUGCUACCGCUGGAUGCCAUCAAGAGCAUUGAUGAGUACUUGGCGCUUUCUGAGAAGAAGCCAAGUCUGCUCAUGAAAACCACAGCCCAGGCGCACCGCUCGGAGCCCGAGAUGUACGAGUUCCAAUCGGGCGGCGUGGUGAGUCUGCUGGAGAACUUGGAUGAGAAGUUCGUGGCUGAGCGCUCCACGCUCGAGAAGGAGGAGUUGGCCAAAAAACACGCCCAUGAGAAGCUGGCGGCGAGCUUGGAAGCCGCCAUCGCCCAGUCCAAAAAGGAGAUCGAGUCCAAGUCGCAGUUCAGGGCCAAGCGUUUGCAAACGAAGGCAUCUGCAGAGGGAGAUUUGGCAGAGACCACCACGGAGAAGGCGUCAGAUGAGAAGUACGCCAAGGAUCUCAAGGCCACCUGUGAGAAGAAGUCCGCCGCCUUCGCCGAACGGAAAGCCCUGCGGACUGAAGAGAUUGAGGCUUUGGGCAAGGCGCAGGAGAUCCUCGCGGGGGGCGCAGUGGCCGGCCACGCCAAGAAGCAUCUCCCAUCUCUCCUGGGAACUUCCCUGGCGUUCCUCCGUUCGGAGUCGCCCACGCAGCUGCGUGUGGCCAAGUUCUUGCAGGCACGAGCCACUGCACUUAACAGCAGGGUGCUCAGCGCCAUGGCGGCGCGUGCCGGUGCCGAUCCCAUGUCCAAGGUGAAGGCGAUGAUUGAGCAGCUGCUGGUGAAGAUGGAAGAACAGGCCAACCAAGAAGCGACCAAGAAGGGCUGGUGCGAUGCGGAGCUUAAGGAGAAUAAAGCCAUCCGAGAGGAGAAAGCAGAUGUGGCCGAGGGUUUGCAGUCCGAGAUCGACGAGGUCACUGCCAGCAUCACCAAGCUGGGGGAAGAGUUGGCGACGUUGCAGAAAGAGCUCACUUCGCUGGAGAGCGCCAUGAGUGAAGCCACGGCCAUCCGAGAGAAGGAGAAGGCCAAGAAUGAGGGCACCUUGAAGGAUGCGAAGGAAGCACAGGCGGCGGUAGCUCAGGCCACCAAUGUCCUUAAGGACUUCUAUGCCAAGGCAGGAGAAGCCACCUCCCUCCUCCAAGCUCCAGAGGUCUUUGGAGAUGAGCCUUACAAGGGCAUGGAGAACAGCGGCGUGCUUUCAAUGCUGGAGGUCAUUGCCACCGACUUCGCGCGGUUGGAGACGGAGACCAAGGCGGCGGAGACGGCGGCGGCCAAGGAGUAUGACGAGUUCAUGGACGAUUCCAAGGUGGACAAGGUCACCAAGACCAAGACAUCUGAGCACAAGACCAGCAAGAAGCAGACGAAGAGCCAAGAAUUGACGAUGCUGGAGGGCGACCUGCAAGGAACCCAGAAGGAGUUGGAUGCGGCCAAUGUCUAUUAUGAGAAGCUCAAGCCUGAUUGCAUCGACACCAGCGAAUCCUUUGCCGAGCGCAAGGCACAGAGGGAACAGGAGUUGAAAGAUCUUCAGUCUGCUUUGGACAUGCUCAAUGAAGUCUGAGACAGAUCAGCGCGCUGUCUCCUCCGUUUGCACGGUCGGGGCGGCGCGAUCAAGCCCACUUGCUUGAAGCACGUGGAGACGCGGAAUUCCAAGGGGCCAAGCAGGCCAAAAUUGAGAGCAGCACAUGCGUCCGUGGAUCAAGGCAGCCGUUUGUGCA